GUGUAAGCAUAGAGCCAGGGAGUCCCAGGACCCCGGUUUGUACAUUAUGGGACCUUGGAGAUGAAAGGUCACAUAGGAAAAGGAAAGGGGGGUCAGCAUCCCGGCCAACCCAGCAGGUUGGGGAGGGGGGGAAGAGGCCAGGGCCCCCUUUUUGCCCGGCCAGGAGGUUGGGCACGGUGGGAGGGGGCCUGCCCUACUUCUACCCCUUGGAGAGGUGGCCCAGAGUGGGAGGAGCCCCCAAGGUCAUUUCCGCAGUGGGGCAGCUAGAGCCGAGCCAGGAAAGAGACGGGCAGAGAGGCUGAAACCCGAGCCUCAGGGAAUCAAGCAGCCCUUUAGUCCUGCGCCCUUUAUUGGAGGGUUGGGCGAGAUCAGAGGUGAAGCGGGAAAGGGGGAGCUGGAGGGGGCCCUGCCUCCGAGCCGCGUGCACCCUCCGUCUGGCCCGGAGUUCGGGGCUGUCCUUGGGCCAGGAGCAGGUACAGGGGCUGACCUCCAGCUGGGGGGCGGGGGCGGGGCCUGCCUUCCGGAGUCUGCCAAUGAGCAGAGGCCUAGAAAAGGGAGCGCUGGGGAGCAGAGGAGCAGAGGUUCAGCGCGCCGGGGCUGCUGCAGAGAUGGGCGGAGUUCUGCGCUGGGGGCUCCUGGCCGCCGGCCUCAUCUCGCACGACUUCGCCACUGCCCUGAGGAGCCUGCCGCGGUCCGAGCAUCAGAUCGUGGCCGUGGCCGCCAGGGACCUCGACCGGGCUCAGGACUUCGCCAAAAGGCACGAGAUCCCCAAGAGCUACGGCUCCUAUGAGGAGCUGGUGCGGGACCCGGACGUGGACUUAGUGUACGUCGGCGCUCAGCAUCCGCAGCACCUGCGCGCUGUGCUGCUGGGCCUAGAGGCGGGAAAGCCGGUGCUGUGCGAAAAGCCUCUCGGGGUCACGGCCACCGAAGUCCGCGAGAUGGUGGCAGCCGCGAGGGCCCGUGGCCUUUUCCUGAUGGAGGCCAUCUGGACCCGGUUUUUUCCCGCCACCGAGGCGCUGCGGGCUCUGCUGUCCCAGGGCACCCUCGGGGAGGUGCGGCUGGUCCACGCGCACUUCGGUUGGGAUUGCAGCGAUUUCCCGCGCGCCACCGACUGGGCCCAGGCCGGGGGCGGGCUGCUGGACCUGGGCAUCUACUGCGUCCAGUUCAUCUCCAUGGUGGGCGGGGGUCGGCGGCCUGAGAUCCACGCCGUGGGGCUGCUCCACGAGAAGGGCGUGGAUGACACGGUGACAGUCACCCUCCGGUACCCGGGCGGGCUGCAGGCCAGCUUCAGCUGCAGCAUCUCCACCGAACUGUCCAACUCGCUCACGGUGUUCGGAACCAAGGGCACGGCCCAGAUCCCGGCCCACAUGUGGUGCCCCACGGAGCUGGUCGUGAACGGGAAGCGCACCGAGUUCCCGCUGCCCGCGGUUCCGGCCACGGAGAAGUUAAACUUCCUCAAUUCCAUGGGCAUGGUCUUCGAGGCCCGGCACGUGCGGCAGUGUCUGCUGCAGGGCCUGAAGGAGAGCCCGCUAAUGCCCCUGGCCGAGAGCGAGCUGCUGGCGGACAUCCUGGAGGAGAGCAGGAGGCAGAUCGGGCUCCAGUUCCCCCAGGACGGAGCCCGAGCUUCCAAGCCACUGGCCAGUUAGCGGUCACCCCCUGCAUCCUCUUCAGCUUGCCGCUCAAGGCGCCCCCCGGUGGUGGAGGUCCAGAACGCCAGCCCUAGCUUCCCCCGGGCUGAGCCCUCAGGGGAAUUGGGGUCACUUGCCAGGAGCCCGGGCCCGCCCCCUCCCCCCCCCCAGGUGUUUCGGAAUAAAGAGACUCCCGCUGCA